AUGGACAAGCAUGAACGGCCAUACAAGUGCGACAAACCGCAAUGCGCCAAGCUGCUGGGAUUUACCUACUCAGGCGGUCUUUUGCGUCACGAACGCGAGGUUCACGGCAUGCACGGCGGACCCAAGGAACAACUCUUUUGCCCUAUCAAACACUGCAAGCGACACACGGAACAGGGCUUCACACGCCGCGAGAACCUGCAGGAGCAUCUGCGAAGGGUGCACAAGCUGCAAGACGUUGAAAGCAUCGAAGCUGCUGCGCAAGAUGCGCUGACACCUGGAACCGCUCCCUCGGACCACGAUAGUGACGAUGAUAACCGAUCAACCAAGCGUAAGCGUAUGAGCGUCGUCAGCCAAAGUGAGGAUGCACCGGAAGAGGAUGUCAGAACCCAGCUUAAGAAGUUACGACUUGAAAAUGCAGAAUUGAGGGGCAUGGGGGAAACUCAACGAGCCGAGAUAAAUGAGAUGAAGGAACAGAUCAAGCUCCUCGCAGAACAACUCGCAGCAAGCCAAACCGUACAACUCCCUCGCUGGCGGCCAAACGGUUCAACAACAUGA